AUGGUGAUGGAUACGAAACGGAUCCAAAUUGUCUCUCAGAGAGAUACAUGGGCAGUCACCUUUGCCGGCGAAAGUCAGGUUGUAGGAGGACAUAGGAACGGUGAUAUCCGUCGAUGGAAGAUUGAAGACGGGCAGCAACAGGGUCCAACCGUGCAGGCGAGUGACACUGUCCGUUCUAUUGUCGUUUCCCAGGAUGGCCGGUGGAUGGUAUCCGGAGACAAGGGAACGAAGGCGAUCGUCUGGAAUGCGGCCACUCAUGAAAAAGUUCUUGAGUUCACAGAAAACACUAACUCUGUAUUGGGGAUCGAUAUCUCGAGCGACUGUACUAAGGUUGCCUCAGUGGACUACAGCAAGGUCUGGAUAUUCAGCAUUACUUCUGGUGUCCGACUCCUUCCUCCCCUCCGACACCCCUUCGUUAUUGGCGUCAAGUUCUCCCCAGACGGCAAUCACAUUGCUACUGCUUCGGAGACUCAUGGUUUCCGCAUCUGCAACACUCGCAAUGGCAAUAUCUUGUUCGAUUCAGGUGAAAAGGGUUCAACCGGUUCAACGUUGGGCACUCAGCUGGCCUGGUCGUCUGAUGGCCAGCAACUGUUCAUCGCGAAAAAAGGCAAAAUCACCUGUUUCGACCUUUCCAACUCCGUGUCUUCGGAAUGGUCGAUCCAUGGGAGCCAGUCUCUGAUCAAUAGCAUUAUCACACACACCUCACAGAUCAGCUGUGUCGCUCUCUCACCAAGCGGGGGGUAUCUCGCAUGUGGGAGCGACAGGAAUAUCACGGUUCACAAUCUCAGACAUGUCCUUUCUUCUGAGUAUUUUGACUGUGGUCCACUUCGUGUUUCUCAGCUUCCGCUCGUACAAGUGAACCACGAGACCCUCAAAUCAUGGACACGGGAAGACCUGACGAACACCGAAAUGCUGCUGUCAGAAGAGCUUAGGAGUGCUCCAAGUCCUGGCCACUGCGUGCUAGCAAGUCGCGCUCUUGUACGAGUGCGUCUGAAACAUUUGGCGCUGGCCAUGGAGGACGUCAAGCAGGCGAGUCUGCUUCCUCACUUCUCUAUGUGCAAGUUCUCUCACAUGCACUUCAAGUCCCUUCAGGUUCAACCAUCCCCUAUUGGCCAUAUCGCGAUGGCGGUUACUCUGCUUUGCCAGGGUGAUCGAAAGGGUGCGCUAUGUGUGUUCGACAUUGCCUUUCAUGAUUGCGAGCCUCGCGACAUUAGAUUUCUCUUACUACUGAAGCUUAUUCUUGUGUUUGAAUCUGGGAACCAAGAAGAGGCGGUGGUGCGUGUAGAGUACCUUGCUACGAGAGCGAACAAGGACAACGAUGACGACAGCCUCUACCUUUACACCCAGGCAUGUACUUCGCGUGAUGCAGACGUAUCACCACCGACACGUUUCGCAGGUCCUUGGAGUUAUGUUCAUGAAGAGGGGAGAUUACGGACGUGCGAUACCAUUGAUUUAACGGUCUCGCUCAUAUUUGGGUGGUGUUUCGAUGGACUGGAUACCGUUGCCCAGCAGCGUCUAUGUGAAACACUGUAUGCUGAAGGACGUACAGCCGAAGCCGUCGAGAUCCUCCUCAACAUCAUCAGGACAUCAGACGUCCAGGCGAGCAAGGCAACUGCAGAUUGGGUCGCAGAUUUCACCAAGAAAUGUUCCACUGCACUUGACCAUGUUGGUGAUGAAGCCAUCGGGUCUGCAAAACAUGGCUCUGCUGCAUUGCUCCUUAGCCCUUUGGAUCCUGCAGGCCUGCUCAUCAAGCGGAGCAGAGCUCGAGCAGCAGGGGGGUUGUGGGAGGACGCACUGCAGGAUGCGAACGAGGCGGUGAAGGCGGACCCCUCCAGCCCUUGGGGCUACGAGGCCAAGCAUAUGGCACUUCAUGGAGCAAAACGGUAUGACGAAGCGGUCGAAGCUUUCAAGUCUAUGUUGCACAUAAUCGAACAAUCGCAUGACCCUGCAAUCAGGCAACUGCGCAAAAACUACGUUUCUCCGUCCGACACGGUUGCAGCUAUUGAUCCUGUCAUCCGUAGGAUCCUUAAAGAUUGUCCCCUCGUCAUCAUCAACGUCACUACUGGUCGCCUUUGCGACGGCCCUGAGCGGAUCCGUAUCUUCAAGGCUGAUCCAUCAUUCAAGGAGCUUGUUUCAUCUAUGACGACAGGGGUGGACAAUGAGCGGAUCCUACGAGUGGUUGCAUUUUUCUUCGGAUACGUGAUAUUCUCGCACGUAUGGCAGGGGAACGAGCCGUUAUUUCAAGACAUCAAUGAAGUCGAAUCUAAGUCAGUGUGGAACCUUCCCGAUACGCCCCUGAAUGAGAAAUUACGCAAUUUCUGCAAGGAGGUGCGCAGACUUGGCCACAAUUGGGCGUGGUCGGAUACCUGUUGUAUCGACAAGUCCACGAGCUCCACCCUUAACCAAUCUCUUACAUCUAUGUACAAAUGGUAUGCAAAUUCAGUCGCUACGCUCGUAUUCCUUGCUGGCGUAGCACAUCCGUCCAAGUCUGGGGACCUUGCACGCAGUAUAUGGAUGACACGAGCGUGGACUUUGCAAGAGCUUCUGUCACCGAAUGUCAUCUUUUUCUACGACUCCGAAUGGAAACCGUACCUCGGCGAUACUGGCUCCAACCAUAAGGAAUCUCCAGAGAUCAUGCAAGAGCUGGCAGAUGCCACCGAGAUCCCCCGUGGAACCAUCGUCACAUUCUCUCCAGCCGAUCUCGGGGUGCACGAGAAACUCCGUCUCGCUUCGAUGCGCAGUGCGACGGUCGAGGAAGAUGUCGCGUACUCUCUCAUCGGCAUAUUCAAGUCCGAUAUCAGGCCUCAAUACGGUGAAGGAACCGACGCUCUCGGACAUCUCCUGGAGGAGAUCGUGGCUCGCUCCGGCGAGGUCACUGUGCUUGCGUGGUCAGGGAAGUCGUCGUCAUACAACAGUUGUCUCCCAGCUUCCGUUUCUGUUUACAGCCAAAAUCCUUACAACCCUCUACCGCUCGAAGGAGAAGAAAUGAAAAGAUGCAUCGAGAAAUUACGAGACAAGUUGCCCCGGCAAGAAGCACGGAGUAUAUAUAAUAAGAUCAACCGUCUUUCCCCUGCCCGUUUCGCAACCCGACGUCUACACCUUCCAUGCAUCGUCUUUUCUGUGAGAAGUAUUGAGAAGCCAUGCAAAAGCAAUGAGAAGUUGUAUCGUGCUAGGGUAUCGGGGCUUGGCCAAGUGAAGUUCACGACUGCAGAUGAUCUUUCACUGGAUGGGCUACAAAAAUUCGUCUUCACGCAUCCAUGGAUCCAUCAUAUCCGAGGUCCGAGUAGUGGGAUCAACUGGGGAGAUGACUCGGAGUCUGAUACCGAGUCUGACUCUGAUGAAGUUGCGCCAUUACCCGUUGUCCCCGCGUCCCGGAUUGACAGCUAUACCCGAGCACUAGAGAUGAUCGCCCGCCUCGGACAGCCGUUCACCGCGUUGCUUCUCGUACAGCUGCCUAACGGAGAGUACAAGAGGGUCGCUGCGGAGAACGAGAUUGUCGUCUCGGGACUCGGAACCAACAUCACUUCCAGGAACAUCCGAGCAAAAGUGUUGGAAAUCCUUUGA